CUCGAAUUAUUCCACCAGAUGUGGCUUGCUAGCAUUACCGGUACAUGUCAUUUUAGAUAUAUUCUGGUCCUCGAGUCAUGGACGCGUUGUUUGACGGCGCCGCUGCCCUCACCGCCACCAUGGCUUCACCCGCCCCGGCCACCUCGGCAGCAGAAAGCCAACAUCACACGCCUCAGUGCUUCUUUAACGGGUGCUCACAUCCAGCUCGCCCUGGAUCUGUCAAAUGUGCGUUCCACCGCAAGAAAGGAACGUGCAUGGGCCCCGGUUGUCGCAACCAAGUGUACGCGCGCGGGCGGUGUGUGCUUCAUGGCGCCCGGAAGCCAUGCACGCAUCCUGGGGGGUGCAACGGGUUCGCUCGGAGUCGGGGGUUGUGCAGUCGACACAGUCGGGGUGCAGAUGAGGGGACUUCAAGUCCAGACCGCGUCAGUGGAGGCAAGAGCCUGGCGCCCCCUCGAACUCGCCACACAUCCCGUUCUUCGUCAUCUGCCCAACACUGCAAGAUAUCGCCAACCACCCAAGUGCUUCUCACUCAAGUGGACCCUAAGGCCCGAUCGUGCUUGGAUGCGCUUUUGCAGCUGCACGGUCAGCAUCCGUCCGUAGCCUCUUCCACUCCCCGUCACUACCGCUCCGUCGCGCCUUUGCUGCCACUUCGCGACGUACCGUUCGCCUACACCCCCAACCUCCCCAAACUACCCUCCAUUCACACUUGGUUCGCGCCUUGCAUAAUGUAGCCCUCUCGACUCUAGUACUAUAGGACAGUAAUUAAUUCAGCAACAUGCAUAUACUAGUG